AUGACCUCCUCCCUCUUCGCCACCACCGUCCUCGCUAGCUUCCUCGUCGUCGCCCUCCCCCACAUCCUACCCUGCCCCGCGCCGCGCCGCGCCUAUGCCGAUGAGGGGGACAUGGCCAUGCAGCAGCAACAGGGCCAACAACAAAACGGUGGGGUGGUGAGGAGGGUGAGGCGCCGGAGUAGCAGGGGUGAAGUGUCAUCUUCUUCUCGGGGGGGUGCGGAGGAGAGGUUGGGUGGAAUGAGGGGGAUACAAAGGGGGCAUGGAUAUGGGCGUGGGUAUACCCUUGGUGGUCAUCUACACGGUAGCGGCCAUGAUUCAGAAUAUGAAGCAAUAUUUGCGGUUCCCGACGGCAUCCCUGCCCGAACACCAGAAGGGCAUCCAAUGGCCCGAAUGUCGAGCACAUUUUGGAGGAAAUGGACAUCGCUCGGCCAUGGGGCGGACAAGGGCAACACCAGGAUGUUCCAUUCUUUCCAUGCUCACUCCUCGGCCGUUUCCGAAAGUGCAGUCUGUGAGGGUGGCAACCCACGAAACAGGAAUCACUUUACAUCAAACAACUCCAAGGCCACGUCAUGA